AGUCGACACAAUAAACGGAGCGGAUGAUCCAAACCAGUGUUGCUUUAAAACACCUUCAGUCUGACGUUUCCUGGCAAAGAAUGAUUUUUUUCUGAAUGGAAGGCUGGGUUCGAAGGCAUGACCAAGCCGCUUAGCUGUAUGCCUCUGGAAACACUUGCUUUUGACAAGAAGAUGAUUCAUUUCGGAGUCUCUAAGAAAACCCUAACAGUUCAUAAAUCGCAGCAACAUAAAAGAAAACUCGUCUUAUUGAAUGAAAUCUGAAAAUAUAGUCUCCCAAGAACAUAAAUACAUCAGAAUUCUAUAGCACUUAUGCACAUAAUCGUUAUUUUAGGUAUAGGCUGAUUAAUAAGAAACUCCAUUCGGCUUUAAAAGACUGAUUUCUGGCAAACGCCAAGCGAAGCAGGAGCACACCAGCCGCUACGUGCAGUGUAGCUAUAGUUCCGUUCCUGUGCCGCCAGGGGUCGUUGAUUCGCAGCAAAAAGAAGCGUGCGGCACAAUACCGAACUUUUUCCUCCUCUCAGUAACGUGACUCCGCCACUGAAAACCCCCCCAAACGUCCCACGGAUAGGAUGGAGUCCCAGAUUAACAGUUUCGAGUAGUGCUCAUCGCACAUAUGCGAGGAAGCCGAGAAAAGGGCUCGUCGGCACAGUUGAUGCAGCCUGGAUGAUUCAAGGAGUUCGAGACCCAGAUCUUGCUCACCGAAUUAUAUCAGAUCGUAGAGUUUCAUUUUCCGGAUGCGGAUGGGUGGCUGCCGUUCUCAGCGGCUCCUUGUGAGGAGGUGAUGAUGGUGGUGAUGAUGAAGAGUCACAGCAACAGCAACAGCGUCCGCCGCAAGCUUCACUCUUCAGUCCAGGCGAGCCCCUGGCGUCCGGGGAGCCUGUUAAGGUUCUCCCUCCGUGACUAUGCUUUCUGUAUGGCAACACUGUCUGUCUUCUGUUUCGGCUCGUUGUUUUAUCAGCUGAACGGAGGACCCCCCAAAAUCUUGCUGGAGAUGCGUCAGUACCUGGGAGACUCCACGUUCGCCGAUGACCACAGACCUCCUGCACCCAGGGUGCUGCCCUUCCCCAGCCAGGUGGUGUACAACCGGGUCGGUAAGUGUGGUAGCCGCACUGUGGUCCUACUGCUGCGGAUCCUUGCCGAGAAGCACCGGUUCAACCUGGUCUCCUCUGACAUUCACAACAAGACCCGGCUCACCGAACAGGAGCAGGUGGACCUGAUGAAAAACAUCAGCGUCAUUCCCCAGCCCUUCCUCUACACCCGUCACGUGCACUUCCUCAACUUCACCAGGUUCAGGAUAGAACAGCCCGUUUAUAUCAACAUCAUAAGGGAUCCAAUCAACAGGUUCCUGUCCAACUAUUUCUUCCGGCGUUUUGGAGACUGGAGGGGAGAGCAGAACCACCUGAUCCGUACACCAGGGAUGAAGGACGACGAGCGGUAUCUGGACAUUAACGUCUGCAUCCUGGAGAGCUACCCUGAGUGCUCAAACCCCCGGUUGUUCUACAUCAUCCCCUAUUUCUGCGGCCAGCACCCCCAGUGCAGGGAGCCCGGACUCUGGGCUCUGGAGCGGGCCAAACAGAACGUGCUGGAGAACUUCUUGCUGGUGGGGGUGCUGGAGGAGCUGGAGGACACGUUGCUGCUGCUGGAGCGACUCCUGCCUCACUACUUCUCCGGGGUUCUGAGCAUCUAUAAAAGCCCAGAUUACAGGAAGAUCGGCAAUUUGACGGGUACGGUACGGAAGCAGCCCCCGACCCUGGAGGCGCUGCAGGUGCUGUACCAGCGCAUGAAGUACGAGUACGACUUCUACAACUUCAUCCGGGAGCAGUUCCACCUGCUGAAGAAGAAGAUCGGCCUCCGGUCGGCCGCGCCGCCCACAAUCCCGCACAGCUUCAAGACCCCGGAGCCCAUGGAAGUGGACCAGGAGGAGGAGCCAGACCAGGAGGAGGAGCCAGACCAGGAGGAGGAGCCAGACCAGGAGGAGGAGCCAGACCAGGAGGAGGAGCUGGAGGAUGCCAGCUUGUGGUUGGUGCAUCCAUGAGCGUUGCCGUGGAGAAGGGAUUACGGCGUCCAGCCAGGUCAAACGUGGAACCGAGAUCCCAUUGGAACAAUGCAGAAACGGGCAGCCCUUCCUCGUGGAACGGUGAGGUUCCUUUCCAAGUAACGUGAGGUCCUCGUUAUUCCGAAGCCGCCGCGAGCGUUCGUGGCGUGGCAGUCCGUCGUCGGUCCGAUUCCGGAAAAGCGAUGCCGUCAAAAGCAGCCACUUCUAAAGGGAUUCAGCUGUGGUGCUCGAAGUCCACCUGACAGCAGCACCAGACCCCAAGAAACCUGUUGGGGGUUCUGUCCUCUACAGCUGGAUACCCACUCCCCCCCCCACAUUCACAGACCAACCUUUUCCCCCAUGAGAUCAAGCUUCCAUCAGCUGGUUCUCCAGCAAACCGCCUUUGUUCUGCGUCCCACCCUGUGGCUUUUCUGGUCAUUGUCACUCCAGCAGUUACCCCAUAAUAUAAAGCUAUAUGGGGCUACACCCUCGGGCAUGUGCUGAUGGAAGUGCUGACUCAGUGGCACUGAAGCAGUAAAGAUCUGAGCUGCAGGUCGAGAUGACUGAGCUGAUUCUGAGCGGAGCUGUGAAAAAUCAAACUAGGAACGGAGCUUCCUAUGAACGUGCAGUGCGCCCAGUGAAAGGCAAAUGGACCCAGUCAUUAACUUCACAUCUUCUACCAGUGGAGUAAGGAUCUAAGUCCAGUGUAAAUGAUCUGCUCUGGGUUUGCCCUGAAUACACUGAGGGAGAUACAGUGAAUCCAAGCACGACCUUAGCUGCAAAGGGUGCAUAAAAAGUAUGUGGGGGGCGUCAUUCUCUUUGAAUGUUUUCUCUCUCUUAAUUUGAGAUUUGCUUUAAACGGGUCAUUAAAUCGAGGUUAGCAUCCUUUUUUUUGCCAUGUUAGGUGAAUCUACUCCUCGGUUAACCCGAUCCACUUGGCCUUGCUCACUGGGGUCAGCAUAUACCCCCACCCCGACAUCCGAAGCCAAGCAUAAACAGUGGUGCACUCUGAUUGGCCAGUAUAGCCUGCCAUGUGACCGGACGUGGUCACGUGAUACGUGUCAUCCUGCCACAAAUAAUCCUGCCCCACUGUACCGAAGUUUAACAUACAACCUACUUGUAUUUAAGAAAUGGACUGUGUUGCAGAGCUACAUUUUAAUUUAUUUUUGCAUUCCAGAUAUAAUUCUCAGGAAAAAAUGCUUGUUUUUUUAAGAAAAGAAAGGGAGUCCGCUUUGGAAUUUUUAGAUCUAACUGCACUUGCCAGUAACUAGAGUCUAUGGGAUUUUAGUCUUCGAAUUAAACUUCACUGCUUAAAGUCCUGAUUCUGUGGGGCAACUGCAGAAUUAGUUGUCAUUUAAUGGAAACCCCCACCGUCGUGGAAUGCUUUCAAAAUAAAAGUUUCCUAACAGCUUUUUAUAAUUAUUCCUUUUCUAAGGAACUUGCUUCUCAUUCAUUUUCUUGUCAACUUGUUUUCUGUUCCAUGGUGAAAAAGAGUAUUUGAAAUAUUUUUGUUGUGAAACUAUUUGAUUUGACCCUUAUGCAGUGUAUCACUUUAAGGCAGGGGUCACCAACCUUUUUGAAACUGAGAGCUACUUCACGGGUACUGAGCCAUACGAAGGGCUACCAGU